AUGACAGAGCCGAACCUCUCUCCUGCUUGUUUUACAAAUUACAACCAGCAGACACAAAGCAACCUAUUCUGGCUCAUUCCUCCAGAGAUUCGCUAUGAGAUCUUUGCCUACACUUUAACAAGUGCUCCAGACACCACACAGCUACCUGAGCAAGAUGGAUACUGCACCCGACCAGGGUAUGAGACCCGCCAUCGGACCUACACAGAACUGCUCCGAACCUGCAAAAGACUAUACAUGGAGGCAUGGUUUAUGCCCUUCCUCCGUUCGGAGCAUGCAUUUUGGAUGGCCUCUUGGGACCGCACUCCUGAACGAAUGAUUACAGUGAAGAAGAUGCAGCAAGGUCUAAAUCUGAUUCAUGAUCGACAUGGAGAAGUGCAGGGUGGCCGUAUUCGAGUGUUUCCUCAGCUAUACAGGCUCGAGAGCACCACAGACUUCGAUGGAAUAUUCACGAUGCGUCAUUUUUAUCCCCAGUCUGUCACAAUCACUAUCCGCUACACCGACACCUGGUUUUGGGAACACAACGAGGAGUUACACAUCGAAGGAGCCUGGGGUAAACAACUGGUGCUGCCCUCUAGCGUCACCAGGUUCUGUAUCGAUAUUGAAAGCAUCGAGCGACGUAAAGACGAAGUGGACUACAUUGCAGGAGAAAUGGCUGACCAAUGGCGAUUCCAACGAGCCGACAAUACCAAUAUGCUCGCAGCCAAGGCUGAUACCACGGUGUCCAGAUGGACGGGAAGUUCCAUGCUUGGGAAACGGCGUUGGCUGCGUGAUGAGACGGCGCCUGGUCAGCUUCGGUACUAUUUUGCGACUGUGACGUGGCGGCCUUCGCAAGAGCCCUUGGAUGCUCGGCGUUUGAAUCCCCCUCUCCGGGUCAAUUGGAGCCGCCCAUCACUCCCGGAUCUUGGUUUUGACUCUAUCAAGGAAUCAUAUUUGGAAAGGAGCGGAUUAUCUAUGACAACUCCUAUGGGGCAAGUGCUUGCUAGAUGCAUCGCUGAUGGGUAUGGCCCUCGUACUGACCAGUAUGCGUCCGAGGAUGACCCUGAGGAUGACCCUGAGGAUGACUCCGACGAGGACUCCGACGAGGACUCCGAAUAG